AUGGUGGUUGUUCGACGGCCGCAGCCACGGCAAAGGGAGCUGAAAGGGGACCCGCUGGAUGAAGCCGAGACAAGCCAAGGGGUGAGCCACCCCCCAGGCUCUGCAUGGAUUGGAAUGGGGAAACCCGCCUGCGCUAAGAGCCUGGGGCAGCUGGAAAACCCUGGCUUCUUCCUCCUCCGAGCUCUCUUCCUCCUCCUCUUCUGCAGGCAUGUUUCUUCCCAGUGCAAGAUCCUGCGCUGCAACUCGGAGUACGUGGCGGCCACCCUCAACCUGCGCGGCUCCAACCGGAACGCGGCGUACUGCAACGCCCUCCGCUCCUACUCCCACUGCACCCGCAAGACGGCUCGCACCUGCCGCGGCGACCUGGCCUACCACUCCGCCGUCCACGGCAUCGAGGACCUCAUGAUCCAGAACAACUGCUCCAAGGAGGGGCCCACGUCGCCGCCCCGACCCCGGCCCCCGGCCCCCAACCAUCAGGGCUUCGAGUCUCUCGAUAUCUGCAACUAUGAGAAGAGUUUUCUCUACAAGCACGGCCAACCCCCCAGCUACCAGCACUGCGCGGCUUUCGGGGACCCCCACAUCCGCACUUUCCACGACGACUUCCACACCUGCCGAGUGGAGGGCUCCUGGCCUCUCUUGGACAAUGACUACUUGUUUGUGCAAGCAACCAGCUCUCCGGUGGCGAAGGGCUCCAACGCUACGGUCACCAGCAAGCUCACCAUCAUCUUCAAGAACAUGAAGGAAUGCAUCGACCAGAAGGUCUACCAGGCUGAGAUAGACAACCUCCCGGCAGCCUUCGAGGACGGCUCGGUCAACGGGGGCGAGAGGCCGGGCGGGAGCAGCUUGGCCAUCCGGGAGCGCAGCCCCGGGCGGCACGUGGAGAUCCACGCUGAGUACAUCGGCACCACCAUCGCCGUCCGCCAGGCCGGCCGCCAGCUCUCCUUCUCCAUCCGGGCGGCCGAGGAGGUGGCGCGAGCCUUCACGGAGGAGCAAGACCUGCAGCUCUGCGUGGGAGGUUGCCCCCGCAGCCAGCGCAUCUCCCGCAGCGAGUGCUGCCGCGGACGCGAGACGGCCGAGACGGCCCGGGCGCUCUGCAAGGAGAUGCUGCCUGUGGAGGACGUCUACUUCCAGUCGUGCGUCUUCGACGUGGUGACCUCCGGGGAUGCCAACUUCACCAUGGCGGCUCACGGGGCCUUGGAGGACGCCAGGGUCUUCCUUCCCAACGCUGAGAAACUCCACAUCUUCCAGGCUGGGGCGGGCUGCCCGCACGUCUCUUCUUCCUUCCUCCUCCUCUUCCUCACCUCUGGUCUUUGGGCUGUUUUGUGGCACUUUUAACUCUGGCUGGCAUUGCGUCCAGCCGGUGCGGAGGGGUAACCCGAGAGAGCUGCUGACUCAAGGCCCGUGCCUGGCGGCUCAGGAGCGGGGCCUUGCCGAGGAUCCGGUGUCGCUGCGGCAAUGAGGAACCGGAGGCCCAGACCUCUGCGGGGGGAGCGCGGGAGAUGGACGAUGGUCAGACGCCGUUUGCAUCCACGGCUCUCACACCUGGUUCCUCUCCCGAAGGCAGAUGACGGGUUUUUUUCUUUCUGUUGGAUUCCGACGCAUUUCUUUGUUCUAAAGACGAGGACG